CCGGACCAGUUUGUAGUUUUUCCCUUUUCUGUUCUGUUUUUUUUCUUCCAGACACGGAUCCAUUGAAAAACACACAAAAACAGAGAGGCAGCUUUCUGGAGCUCAACAAUGGCGGAAAGAGAGGAUUCUUGUAGGACGCUACCCUACCCCACACUCUCGUACCCUUGACCUCUCUCUCUCUCUCUCUCUCUCCCCACAUGCGACCCCUAUUCUUACGCCAAAAUCCAACUAUAUUUUAUUACUACGCUUCACUUCUCAACGCUCUUUUCAAUCAUUAUUCUUGUCUACUGUUCUCGGCAUGAGACCCUGUUUUCUGAAGCAAAACCCACCACCCCACUCUCAUCAUCAUCGUCGUCAUCAUUAUCAUCUCCCACCAACUCCCAAUACGACGUCGUUCUUCCACUAGUCGUAUCUGUACGGCAGUGGAGGUUGCUCUGUGUCCGGUACUGAGAAGAGGAGCUGCGAAUGGGUGAGAGGAGCAAGAGUCAUCAAACAACGGAAGAAAAUUGAGCCUUAUAAGUCAAUAUGCAAUGUGAGCAAAAAUUUCUGCAAACAGUUCGUUCUAUAACAGAAAAAUCUGCCCAUCUUUGCUCCAACUAUCGGAUCUUUACUUCGGGUGAGAAAAUGGGAGUCAAGUCUAUUUUCUCGAUAAUUUUCUUGCUGGGAACAAUUUCUUUCCAGGGUUUUGCCGAACCUGUUGAAGAUAAACAAGCUUUACUCGAUUUUCUCAAUAAUAUCAAUCAUUCCCGCACUCUCAAUUGGAAUGAAUACUCCUCCGUCUGCAAUACUUGGACUGGAGUGACUUGUAGCGGUGAUCAUUCAAGGGUUACAGCUCUGCACUUACCCGGAAUCGGAUUCCGUGGUGAAAUCCCUCCAAACACUCUUGGUCAGCUGUCUGCAGUUCAGAUUCUGAGUCUUAGAUCGAAUGCGAUUACGGGUCCUUUCCCCUCUGAUUUCUCCAAACUCGAAAACUUAACGACCCUGUAUCUUCAGUAUAACAAGUUUUCGGGUCCUUUGCCAAUUGAUUUCUCAGUUUGGAAGAAUCUUACCAUUAUUAAUCUCUCAAACAAUGGCUUCAAUGGUAGUAUCCCUUCUUCCAUUUCAAAACUGACUCAUCUUGCAGCUUUAUAUCUCGCUAACAACUCACUUUCAGGAGAAAUUCCUGAUCUCAAUACUUCUAGUUUGCAACACAUAAAUCUAUCCAACAAUUUGCUCAAUGGCACUUUGCCUCAAUCCCUCCGAAGAUUCCCCAACUGGGCAUUCUCUGGGAACAACAUUUCCACAGAAAAUGCCAUUCCCCCAGUUUUUCCACCUAAUAAUCCACCAUUGAGGAAAUCUAAGAAACUCAGUGAACCCGCCUUGUUGGGAAUCAUACUUGGCGGUUCUGUUGUGGGGUUUGUGUUAUUUGCCCUUCUGAUGAUUGUUUGCUACUCGAAAAGAGACCGGGAAACUGGGUUCAUAGUGAAGUCCCAGAAGGGAGAAGGGUCUGUGAAGAAAACUGUUUCUGGGAGCCAUGAUGGUAGUAACAGGCUUGUGUUCUUUGAGGGUUGUAGUUUUGCAUUUGAUUUGGAGGAUUUGUUAAGGGCCUCUGCUGAAGUUUUGGGUAAGGGAACAUUUGGGACAACAUAUAAGGCAGCUCUGGAGGAUGCCACCACUCUGGUGGUCAAAAGAUUGAAGGAAGUGAUCCUGGUGAGACGGGAUUUUGAGCAGCAGAUGCAGAUUGUUGGGCAGAUAAGGCAUGAGAAUGUGGCUCCACUAAGGGCUUAUUACUAUUCCAAGGAUGAGAAGCUUAUGGUAUAUGAUUUCUACUGUCAAGGAAGUGUAUCUUCGAUAUUGCAUGGAAGACGAGGGGAUGGUCGGGUUGCGUUAGACUGGGAAACUCGACUCAGAAUUGCUCUUGGUGCAGCAAGAGGCAUAGCUCAUAUCCACACAGAGAAUGGAGGGAAACUUGUCCAUGGAAACAUAAAAGCCUCCAACAUUUUCCUCAACUCCCAGCGAUAUGGUUGUGUUUCUGACCUUGGCUUGGGAACACUGAUGACCCCAACGCCAAUGCCUAUGACGAGGGCUGCAGGGUACCGAGCCCCAGAGGUGACAGACACCCGAAAAGCGUCUCAAGCAUCGGAUGUCUACAGCUUUGGGGUCUUGCUCCUUGAGCUUCUAACUGGAAAAUCCCCCAUUCAUAACACAGGUGGUGAUGAGGUGAUCCACUUGGUGAGAUGGGUUAAUUCUGUGGUAAGAGAGGAGUGGACCGCAGAAGUGUUCGAUGUAGAGCUUUUAAGGUAUCCAAAUAUAGAGGAAGAGAUGGUGGAGAUGUUACAGAUAGGGAUGAAUUGUGUGGUGAAAAUGCCAGAACAAAGACCAAAAAUGGCAGAAGUAGUGAAAAUGAUGGAGAGCAUCCAGCAGGUCAAUACUGGAAACCGCCCAUCCUCUGAAACUAAAUCAGAAGUCUCAUCUUCAACCCCAACUCCUCCGGCAGCAGCUGAAAUGGGUUCCUCCUCUGCCCAACAGUGAGAUUCUUGCCUUAUCAGUCAUUAGUCGUUGUGAUUAAUUUUUUUUCCUUUUUCACUUUUGCUUCAAAUUCGUCUUAUGAAUCAGCACGUGGGUUUGGAUUACUUUAGACGUUUAUGUAGUUUUUAUUCCACAGAUUUGGUACCAAGAUUAGUUUACCUACCCGAUCCAGCUAAGAUCAAAUUCAGGGUUAUUGUAUUAUUUGGUCAGGACUUGGUCAUUUCAUGGUCAAUAACAUCUAGCCAAUUCUCCA